CAGAGCAUUUCUGACCGGAGCUGAUGUAUCGUUCUCUAGUCUCCGCAACAUUUCAUUCGUUUUCAGAUUCGCGUCGUGUUACUUGGGCGCUUCCAAAAAUGCUUGUUGUGUCAGUUAUCUGUUGUGCGUUCCUAGUAUUAAACGCAAAUGCCUCACCAGUUCAAAACUACUUUGAACGACCAUUGGCUUCCGCCAAAGAAGCCGGCCGAAGCAGUUCUGAUCUAAUUUUGCACGACGCUAAGAAGAAGAAUGACGAGUCUAAAACCAAACUCUUCUACAUUGCCCCACGAGAAAUGAUUGAAAGUAAUCUCGUUGAAACAUCCAAUGAGGAUUUGGAGAACCAAUUUUCCAGUGUUUUGUGUGAGGCUGGCAAAUCCUCAGGAUGGUUGCACUGUACCGACCCAAGUGGGGAAGUUGAACGAUUUGAAGCAGAGAAAAUUUGCCAAGCUCACGGUCAAACACUUUGGACGUAUGCUCCAAAAACGUCAUAUCAACCAGAUUACGUGUUCUGGAUAUGCUCCGUAUCCCGCAAGCACCGAUAAGACGUUUUAUCUUUGUGCUAAUGGCUG